AUGACAACAACGAACCAGGAAUCCAUACCACCACCACCCUCUGAUGGUUUGAUCGAUACACAACAGACUCCUCCUAUGCCCAUGUUGCAACGUAUGCAAAGUCCACGACCUCCUUUUUCUACCGGCAAUUCGGCCUCCUUGUACGUGGGUGAUUUGGAUUUGAACGUUCAAGAAGCACAGCUCCACGAUGUGUUUGGACAAUAUGGACCGAUUGAGAGCAUUCAUGUACGACGAGAUCCUAUUACACAACGCAGUAUGGGGUUCGCUUUUGUCAACUUUAAAAACCUGGCGGAUGGUGAAGCAGCACUCGCGUCAACGAAUGGAACAGCAUUUAAUGGCAAACCGUGUCGUGUCAUGUGGUCAUUACGUGAUCUUGCCAAGCGUCGUUUAUCAGGAGGGAACGUAUUUAUCAAGAAUCUGGGCCCAACGGUGACUGAGGAGACGCUUUACGAUUUGUUCAAAGAAUACGGCACCAUUUUAUCUUGCAAGGUGGUGUUGGAUCAGCAAGGUCAAACAAAGGGUUAUGGUUUUGUUCAUUAUGAAACAUCCGAGGCCGCUGACAACGCCAUUAAGCACGUCAAUGGUACGACCCUCAAUAAUCGAGCGUUAUUUGUUGGCCAUCAUGUACCCAAACGUGAGAGAUAUCAACAGCAGCAACAGCAGCAGCAGCAACAGCAACAGCAACAACAACAGCAGCAAUAUCGGAUGUCAACCAAUGGAGUCGCAUCAUCGAUGGAUUCAUUCCCUUUCACCAAUGUCUAUGUCAAGAAUCUAAUGCCCGAUAUUAAGGAGGAUGAAUUAAGGGAAUUAUUCGCUGGAUUCGGUCCUAUCACUUCAGUAACGAUUCAACGGGAUGCAUCGGGUGUAUCCAGGGGUUAUGGAUUCGUCAACUUUGAACGACAUGAGGACGCUGUCGCAUCCAUUCAACAAAUGCAUGACAAAGAAUACAUUGGAAAACGACUUUAUGUGUCUCGUGCCCAGAAAAAAUCCGACAGAAACGAUUUGAAUCGCUAUUACCAAGGCACCAAUCUUUACGUCAAAAACCUCGAUGCUUCCAUUGAUGAUCAAAAGCUACGUGACGAAUUUUCAAAGUAUGGCACUAUCACCAGUGCACGUGUUAUGCGUGAAGAGCGAACUGGAGAAUCAAAGGGAUUCGGCUUUGUAUGUUUCAGCAGUCCUCAAGAAGCAACCAAGGCAGUAGCAGAAAUGAAUGGACGUAUGGUUGGUUCAAAAGCCAUCUAUGUUGCUCUUGCUCAUCGUCGUCAGCAACGUGGCCCCAGCCAUAUGCAACAUUAUCAACCUCAUCAUCCAAGACAUCUUCAGAAUUUACCUUACGUUCCUUAUGGAGGUGCAAUCUAUUGUGGAUAUCCACCCGACAUGUCGUCCUAUUAUCCUAAACAACCUUAUCCACCCAUGCCUUACAUGCCUGCUGCUGCUGCUUCACCUAUCUAUUCUCCUGUACAGCAACAUCCUCCCCAUACCAUGCCUCAGGAACAACAACAGCAACAACAACAACAACAACAGCAACCAUUCUCCAUGGAAACUCUUUCAUCUCUCACACCUGACAUGCAAUCGCAGAUCCUUGGUGAACGGAUAUUUUCAAUGAUUCAUGGAAAGCACCCAGAAGAUGCUGCCAAGAUUACGGGAAUGCUAUUGGAAAUGGAACAAGGCGAUCUUUUGGCUUUGAUUGAAGACCCACCAUCAUUAGAAGCAAAAGCAAGCGAAGCAGCCAGUGUUUUACAACAACAUCGAGCCGAUAUGCCAUCAGAAAAUUAA